CUUAAGAAGAAAACAUUUACUGAAUGGACAGAAAUUUAAUGCUUAUCAAGAAGAAAAAGGCAUGUUGUCAAAUCAGUUCAGAUUCUAGCUGAGGAGGAUCAAAACUUUGUAUUUAAAAUGGAAGUUGAUGUGAAUGGAGAGUCCAGAACUGCCCUUUCUGCCCUGCCUGUGCCUCUUGCAGAGGUGAGUUCUGCAGCCAGGAUGGAAGCAGAAAAGCCACGCUGUUCCAGCACCCCAUGCUCACCAUUGCGGCGAACAGUUGUGGGAUAUCAGAUCCUUCACAUGGAUUCUAACUACCUGGUUGGCUUCACAACUGGAGAGGAGCUGCUAAAAUUAGCCCAUAAAUGUACGGGAAGUGAAGAGAACAAAGGAGAAUCUGGUCCUAACUUGGGCUCCAAACAUCUUGAUUCAGGACUGCCACGUUCUUCACGUUUGUACAAAACUAGAAGUAGGUACUACCAGCCGUAUGAGAUCCCAGCAGUAAAUGGAAGGAGGAGGAGACGGAUGCCCAGCUCAGGGGAUAAAUACAAUAAAGCUUUACCAUAUGAACCUUAUAAGGCACUUCAUGGUCUCCUGCCUCUCUGUCUUUUGAAAGGUAAAAGGGCUCAUUCAAAAUCCCUGGACUACCUCAAUUUAGACAAAAUGAGCAUUAAGGAACCUGCUGACACAGAAGUGCUACAGUACCAGCUCCAGCACCUUACUCUUAGAGGGGAUCGUAUGUUUGCAAAGAAUAGCACAUGAGCUGUCAUCUCAAAUUUAGAAAUGGUGUCUGAUCUUUUCUCUGUUGCUGCAAAGAUCCACUGUUUUACUAGCACAUGACUAUUCACACUGUAGGUGGUUUUAUCAGUUCAGUGUUACCAGGAAGUAAUUUAUUUGAAUACAAUCUUGGCAGUGCAGUGUUCUACAGAUACUUGGAGAGAGAAAUCUUUCCUGAUCAAGCAGCUUCUGAUACAGAUUUGACUGCAACUAGUAGAUAUUUCUUCAGACACAUUUUAACAAAAAAAAGCUUUUGAUGUUGGGAUUUUUUUUUCUGUACUGCUUCAUGUACUAUUUACAGUAAUUCAACACUGACAAAUUAAUGAUGUCUGCUUGGUUACUAAUUUUGGCAUGAUGUUAGAAACUGCUCUUGGAUAAGUACUCAAGGAGGUUUUCUGGGUUUACUUUUUGUUUCUGUAGUAAAAUCUAUGGGUUUUUCUUACAACGUGGACUGGAAAGUGAGCUUGAUUGGAUGAAUCACUUGCUAUUUAAACAGUCCAAUUCAUACAUUUUGACAAUGCGCUUGUACUGGUGAUGUGGGUGAGAUUUAUUUGUAAAAGAAACCUUUGCUACUUGAAUCCUAUUAAAUUAUUUUUUUAGUUUCUGCA